GCAGAAUGUUCAUCCCUGAGACUGUUCCGACAUGCUUAAUCUGUUUCUAAUCCCUCCUUGAAAUAGAUAGAAUUUCUCCCUCAGACAGCAACAUAAUGUUCACUCCCUGAGACUGCAGCGCGCGUAGUGGACAAUCGCGGUACUGCAGCUGAACAGCAGCUCCCCGAAAGUGAAAGCAUUCUGAAUCAGGAAGUGCUGGGAGUUAACAUGGCUUCGAAAGGAGAGACCGAGAGUUUGAGCGAGGAGGUAAUUUGUCCCGUCUGCCUGGAUUUCUUCAUCGAUCCGGUUAUACUGGAGUGCGGACACAACUUCUGUCGCUCUUGUAUCACACGGUGUUGGGAAAGGACGGAGAGAAACUCCUGCCCGGAAUGUAGAGAGGAGUUUGCUGACCGCACCCUCAGGGUGAAUCGGGCCUUAGCAAAUCUGACACAAAAAGUACGGAAUCUAAGCCUGAACCCGAAAGGGAAGGAAAGUAAACGUCACUGCGAGGAACAUGAGGAAGAACUGAAGCUGUUUUGUGAAACGGACAAGUCACUGAUCUGUCUGGUCUGUAGAGACGCGCAGGAACACAGAAAGCACCGCUUCAUGCCGAUUAAAGAAGCUGUUAAAAUCUACAAGGAUCAGAUAAAAUCUUCCUUCGACUCUCUCACAAAAAAGAAAUCAGACUUCCAGGAAAAGGAGCAGCAACAGAAAGAGAAGAUUUCCAAAGUUCAGGAACAGUCACACAGCCUUCAGUCCCACAUCACAUCCCAGUUUGCUGAACUGCGCCAGAUUAUCACUGAGAAAGAGCAGAGCUUACUCAGGGAUCUCAGGGAAGAAGAGAAGAGGAUUCUCAAACCAAUGGAGAAAAAUCUUCUAGCUCUUCAAGAGAAUAUAAGGAUUAUUCAGGAGGAAAUCACUAAGUUAAAGGAACAGAUGGAUCAGAAAGACAGCGUGAUAUUUCUCAAGGAGGAAGCUCGUCGGAACAGAAGGAUUAAUGACGAUGUCCAGGAAUUGUCAGUGACAGAUGAGACCCUACCGGUUGAAAAAUUCGAUCACCUCUAUUUGUUGAACACAGUGCUGAGAGAAACGCUUGAUGCUAUUAAUCGAGUCUCUGUCACCCUGGAUGUGGAAACGGCGCAUCCGCGGCUCGAGGUGUCUGAGGAUCGGAAGAGUGUGAGAUGGACCGGGACCGGGACCGGGACCCGGAGGGAUCUCCCUGACACCGGGAAGAGAUUCACAGUCUGGGCUUGUGUGCUGGGGUCGGAGGGAUUCACAUCGGGGAGACAUUACUGGGAGGUGGAGGUGACGGGGAAUCGGUUCUGGUGGCUGGGAGUCGCCGCAGAGUCAGUGGAGAGGGAGGGAUGGGUCAGACUGAGUCCGGAGACCGGAUUCUGGGUCAUCAGGCGGUAUUGUGAUGUGUUACAUCGGGAUUGUGACGUUUACCGCGUUCUCAUCUCCCCCGAGUUCCGUCUCCCUGCCGGUCCCAUCCCCGGGAGGGUGGGAGUUUAUCUCAGUUACGAGUCCGGGACAGUUUCAUUUUACAACGCGGAGACCAAGUCCCAUCUCCACACCUUCACUGGGAAUAAAUUCACGGUGAAACUUUAUCCUUUCUUCGCGACCUGGGAUAGAAACCAGUGGCUGAGAAUCUGCUCCGGUUCCGCUCCGGGUCUGUAAACGGGUCGGGUCCCGGGACCGGCGUCAGGAGUAAAGUCCCUGUAAAUAUAAAUGUGCGCAGAGUGCAGCUAAAUACGUGGCUAAGGAGAUGGUGCAGGAGGGAGGGCUUCAUGUUUCUGGUCAAUUCGGCUUUGUUCCCGGGAAGGUGGGGUCUGUUCCGACGGGACGGUUUACACAUGAACUGGAGCGGUGCUAACAUUCUUAAUACACUCCAGACAUAUCGUACAGAAAAAGUAAUUAUGAGAACUAAACAGAAAUAUUAUGAAUUAGUUGAAAGAUCACAUAAAAUUCUUGCUUGGCAGUUGAAAACAGAACAGGCUUAUAAAACAAUAAAUGCAAUUAGAACAAGUGUAAAUAAGGUUGCUGAUAAACCUUUAGAAAUUAAUGAAACUUUAAUUUUUUUUUAAUACUGAACUAUAUCAAUCAGAAUCACAAAAUAAGAUUACUGAGAUAGAUAAAUUUUUUAUCACAAAUAACCCUUCCAAAAUUUAAUUUGGAAGAACAUAAAGUAUUAGAUAUGCCCUUUACAUUAAAAUAGGUUGAAGAAGCUUUAGGAUCACUUCAGAGUAACAAAUCCCCAGAAGAAGAUGGUUUUCCUCCUGAAUUUUAUAAAAAAAUUUAAAGAUAUAUUAAUUCCUCCCUUUAUGGAAUUAAUAUACCAAGUGGAAAGAAUGCAUAAACUCCCACAAUCUUUUUUAACAGCGAUCAUAACUGUAUUGCCAAAAAAAGAGAUCCUCUAAAACCAACAUCAUAUAGGCCUAUUUCUUUGUUGAAUACAGAUUAUAAGAUAAUAGCAAAAAAUUUAUCUAAUAGAAUAUCUAAAUAUUUACCAAAAUUAAUACAUAUGGAUCAAACAGAUUUUAUUAAAAACAGACAAUCAAUUGAUAAUCUAACCUGGUUACUUAGUAUAAUUCAUCUGGCACAAAAAAGAGAGGAAAUGAGUGUGGCAUUUGCUUUGGAUGCAGAAAAAGCAUUUGAUAGAUUGGAAUGGGAUUUUUUGUUUAAGGUAUUGGAAAAAUAUGAGCUAGGAAGAUCUUUUAUACAAUGGAUUAAAACCUUAAAUACUAAUCCUCAAGCUAAAGUAGUUACAAAUGCUCAGAUUUCAACACCAUUUUGCUUAACGAGGUCAACUAGACAAGGCUGCCCGUUAUCACCUGCUUUAUUCGUAUUGGCAAAAGAACCAUUAGCUGAAUUAAUUAGAACAGAUUCAGAUUUUGGUGGUAUUAGAGUUAAUCAAGAAGAAUAUAAGAUUAAUUUAUUUGCUGAUGAUGUUUUGAUUUAUUUAACAAACACAUUACAAUCUUUGCAAAGAUUAUCUUUUAAAUUGGAAGAAUACGGGAAAGUAUCAGGGUAUAAAUUAAAUUGGGAUAAAAGUGAAAUUUUACCCCUUACCAAAGGAAAUUAUAAUCAAUGUCGAUUAGUAACUCAAUUUCGAUGGUCAAUAAAUGGGAUAAAAUAUUUAUUUAUCAGAGUUGACAAUGAUGUAAAAAUUUAUAUAAACAAAAUUAUUUGCCAUUAUUAAAAAAAAUAAAAGAGGAUCUUGAUAAAUGGAUGAUGUUACCAAUAACAUUAAUAGGUAGAGUUAAUGCUGUAAAAAUGAAUAUAUUCCAUAGAUUGCAAUAUUUAUUCCAAACUUUACCAGUACAAUUACCGCAGAAGUUUUUUCAAGAACUAAAUAAAUAUGUAAGGAAAUUUCUUUGGAAAGGAAUGAUGUCAAGAAUAUCAUUGGAAAAAUUGAGAUGUAAAUUUGAUUUAGGAGGGUUACAACUUCCAAAUUUUAAGAAUUAUGAUAAAGGAAAUCAACUUAGAUUUAUUGCAUCUUUUUUUGAUGAAAAAAAAACCCAUCAUGGAUUAGAAUAAAAUGAGAUGAGAUAGGAGAAAACAUACCAGAAGAUUUUACAUACAAAUGGGAAUCCAAAUUGAUACGGGAAAAAAAAGAAUCUCCUAUAUUAAGACUCUUGAUUGAUUUAUGGAAUAAGGUAAAUAUGGACGAUAAGAUAAAGAAAUCUUUAUUAGCAAACUUUAAUUCAAAAUAGGCUUAUUCCUUUUACAAUGGAUAAUAAACUUUUACAUAAUUGGUUCCAAAAGGGGAUUAAAUAUAUACGUAAUUGUUUUGAAGGAGGUAUAUUGAUGUCGUUUGAUCAAUGAAAAAAUAAAUAUAAAAUAUCAAACAACACUCUUUUCUCUUAUUUUCAAUUAAAGGACAAUUUACGAAAAAAGCUGGGUCAAACAAUGUUGAUGCCAAAACUUAGUGAAAUUGAAAUAUUAAUUCAAAAAGGAAAAAUUAAAAAAAAUACUUGUAUGUACAAUUUGAUUCAAAAACAGACUGAAUCUGGAAUUCAUAAAUCAAGACAAAAAUGGGAAACUGAUUUGAAUUUUAAAAUUGUUGGAAAAAGUUGGUCAAGAUUAUGUUCUGUUAGUAUGAUAAAUACAAUAAAUGUUCAAAUUAGAUUAAUACAAUAUAAUUUUUACAUCAAUUAUAUAUAACACCACAGAAAAUAAAGAGAUUAAAUUCAAAUAUGUCUGACCAAUGCUUUCGAUGUAAUCAAGAAAUUGGUACUUUUUUACAUUCUACUUGGUCUUGUUUUAAAAUUCAACCAUUUUUGAUAUAUCUGACUUUUAUUGGAACAAAGUACUGGAGUUCAACUCCCAAAUAGUCCAAUAUUAUUUUUAUUAGGAGAUAUUGAAAGGACAAUACCGAAAAUUAAAUUGAAUAAGUAUCAGAAAAAAAUUAAAAAUAUUGCAUUGGAAGUAGCUAAAAAAGUUAUCGCAAUUACUUGGAAAUCUGAGUUAUAUUUAACUAUGGAUCAUUGGAAUAAUGAAAUAUAUUGUUGUAUUCCACUUGAAAAAAUUACAUAUAAUCUAAGAAAUGAAUAUGAUAUAUUUUUCAAAAUUUGGCUCCCAUACCUACAAAAGAUGGGAUUAAAUAUAGAGGUCCUUUGAAGAUAAAAUUAUAAUGUAAUUGGGGAAAGUAAGAAUACAUAAAAAAUUAUUUUGAACUCCAUGGAGCAUGUGGGUAUCCUCCAAUAUCGAGGCAAUCUUUUUCUUCCUUAUUUCUUUCUUUAGAUAAGGGUUAAGUUGGGGAGGGGGAGGAGGAUUAAUAUUAUUUUUCUUUUUCUUACUAAUUUUUCAUUACAUUUAUUCUUUGUAAUUUUCUAAAAAUUUAAUAAAUAAAUAAAAAGAGCAUCUCAGUAAUCCAACAGCCCACUCACCUUUGCUACCCUUUAUGUCAUUUCCUUACGUUUAACACAAUUAUUACGUGCCUUUUCCAGCUCAAACUGUGAAUUGAUUUAAAGUCAGUCCCAUAAUUUAAUAGCUUUUAUUUGAAAACUAUCUACCCUCGCAAAGAUUGUACUUAAGACUGCAUUUGAUUUUUCUUCAGCCUUGUACGCUUCACAUUGAAGUAGUAUGUGUUUCGACGGUUUCAUAAUGACAAAAUGUACACG